AUAAAUUAAAUCCACUCGAAAAGUAUCACCCUCUCUUUUCGUCUCUCAAGUAACUCGCUGUCAUUUCUACUUUUCUCUCUCUAACUACUCCAUCUACCCGCCUUUCCCUUUCCUCACCGGAACCCUAAUUCCAUCCACCGGAAAUCAAAUUCACCGUAGAUGAUUGGAGAAUAGGUGAGAUCAAAAGGAGCUGGAUUUCCUCGCCGAAUGGAGGGAGGUAGCGUCUCUAGACUUUAUUAUUCUGGGAUACACCCAUGGAUUAUGAUGACAAUGAUUUUCAAAGCCAGAAUCUCCAUUUAGCUGGUGAAGGGAGCACCAAAUUUCCUCCAGUAGUAAGGCCUUAUGCUCUCCCCAAGUUUGAUUUUGAUGAAAGCCUUCAUGGUCAUUUAAGGUUUGACAGUUUGGUUGAGACUGAAGUUUUCCUUGGCAUUGAAAGUAACGAAGAUAAUCAGUGGAUUGACGCAUACUCCCGUGGAAGUAGUGACAUAGAGUUCAAUUCAACUGCAGCUGAAACUUGCUCUAUAUCAAGGCAUAAUAAUGUUUGGUCUGAGGCGGCUUCCUCGGAAUCUGUUGAAAUGUUAUUAAAAUCUGUUGGACAGGAGGAGUUUAUCCCUAGAGAAUCUGUUAUACAGGAAUCAGAUGCCUGUGAUGAACUUGCAUGCUUAGCCAAACAAAUGGAUCGCAAUCCAAAACGUGAAGAAAAAAUUGAGUUUAAAGCCAAUGUUACUGAUAUACAGCCGCCACCUAGCUGUUUUCAUGAAAACUUGUCCGGAUCAAAAGAGAAUGUAGAAAUGGAGCAAUCUCCGACUGGAGUUUCCAGAGAUCGAGAAGGUGAGUUAUCCACAGAUAGAAAUUUUAAUAGUCUGCAACCACCUGAUAUGCAUUGUCACAUUGAUUUGCCUGAGUCUGGGGAGAUUCUCUUUAUUGAUGAUAAAUAUGAUGAUACAAACCAAAGAAAAGUUGAGACUCCAUCUGAUGCUUCUCUUCAUGAAAACACUAAUGAUAACUCAUCUGCUUUUGUGGCGAUGACUAACAUGAAUGAAGCUCCUACAGAGAAUAUCCCUUCUACUUGUGAAGCCUUAAAAAUUCAAAUUGUGCAAAAUCAAAUAGUUGGUAUGGGCGACGACAACCAAAGUUCUUUACAAACACAAACUAGUAAGCGGGAUUUGGAGUCUUCCGCGAACAACCAAGGUUCUAAUGUUGGCACUCAGACUUUAGAUGUGAAAGCAGUUGAGGGGGGUGAAGCAAAUCAUUCUGAUAAACCACUUUGUGUAAUCCAUAUGGAAGUAGCUUUGGAAGGUGAGAGUGUAGUUGAAGGCCUUGCGACUGGGAUAAGCAGUUUAGAGAAAUCCUUGAACACUGUAUCUAAUGAUAUUUCCAAUCUGCAGAAAACAGAAAGAGGAAGUAAAGAUACAUGUUUUAGAGAUUUAUCCCAGAGAAAUGCAAGUAAAGAUGCAUUAAUGAUUAAAGAUCCUUUGACGGAUGAUCCAUCUGCAGUAUAUUCAAGUAACGUUCCAAAGAUUGCAAUUAAAGAUGAUUCUAGUUCUGUGGGGGAAGAUGCAUGUUUUAGAGAUUUAUCCCAAGGAAAUGCAAAUAAAGAUGCUUUAUUGAUUAACGGUCCUCUGGCGGAUGAUCAAUCUGCACUAAAUACGGGUGAUGUACCAAAGAUUGCUAUAAAAGAUGAUUCUAGUUCUGAGGGGCAUAAAGUUGUGGUCAGUAACUCUGAUUGUGGAACUUGUCCUAAUUAUCAGUUGAACGCGGUUACGAUUGAGAAGACAUUUGGUGAGAGCUGUGUUUCUAAGGAAAAGGAGUUGCUAAACAUUGGUAAUCAGAUGGAUACAGAGGUAUUGUUAAGUAAGUCAGAGGCAUCUAUGUUUGCUGUGGUGGACAAAAACACUUAUGCGGUUAGUGAAGGAAAUAGUGAUAACAGAGCAAUAAGUUUUUUCAGUUUCAAUACAGUGGUUUCUACGAAGUCUUGCAUUUUGGGCGAGACAACUCAAGUAUGUGAAAAUAACAAAUCUGACAGGCAGGGUGACCAUAACAAAUUUUGUCAAGACAUUUCUGUCAUUGACCAAGGGAGUGAAAAAGCUCCUUUUGAUUCGAGCACAAUUCAUUGUGAUGUUGAUCAAUACCAUCCGGGUGACAGGGGAGUCUGUUCAUCAUCUCUCGGUGCAGGUAGCAUGGAAACUAAGUUGACGACCUCCACAGUAUCAGCUGAUGUCAUGCCGGUCAGUAGUUCAGUUACAGAUCACCGUGAGUUUAAAAGGAUUAAACAUGUUGGGUCUGCUUCUGUUGAUGAAAAGGAAGACUUUGAAGCCAAAAUAGCUGAAGAAGAAGGCAUUUCUCUUCCUCUUGGGUCUUCCGAACAGGAAGUUGAUCCAUGUCCAAUUGUUGGAACUGAAAAUAAAAAAAAUUCCGACAAUACUAGACACAUAUUAUGUGAGACAGACACCAUUCGUCUGCAUAAUCUGGACACUACUGCUACUGAAAAGAUUGGUGAACCUCAAGAAACACAAAGUGGUAAGGUUGAUCACAAGUGCACAAAAGCGGCUGGUGUGGUUGCUGUUCUAUGUGAAUCAAUAGAGAAACAGGGUGAUAAAGUCACUGUUUCUUUUAUUAAGGAUGAUAAGGAGGCAAUACAAGAGCAUCAAGACAAGCCAUACUCAAAUUUAUCCGGUUCCAUAUCAUCUUCUUUUCCAGAUUCUCAAAAUGCGUUGCAUGAGACUGGAGGUUGUCCUGCCAAUCCUUCCUAUGAUAACUGUGGAUCAUCUGUUACAUUUGGAAGCCCUCUUGAAGCCGAGAAGGGUGUUAAUAAAGUUAAGCCUGCCGCUAAUCUGAAUCCUCCAGUUUUUGAGUUCAUGAAUAAAGAUGCAACAAACACAUCCUCUUCUGAUCAUGAUCACAAGGGGAAUGAUGUAUCUAAAGAUGGGAGAAGCUUAGCUCCUGAGGUAGAUCUAGUGGCAAAUUCGUCCAAAAAAGACAUUACAGAUUUGACCCCAAUAGGAGCAAAUGCUGUUGAGAGGGGUCCCUUUCCUGCUGUUUCAACCAACAAAGAAUCAAUGGUUUUGGCAGAAUCUCCACUGGCUUCUGAAUUAGGCACUCCCAAACCAAAAGUAGCUGGACAUGUAUCUCACGGAAGUCCACAAAUACCUGAUGCUGAUUUAACACAAAGUGUCUCUAAAGGUACACCUGAACGCAAAACUAGGCGAGCACCUAAUAAGACCGCCGGAAAAGAAUCUUCUAGAAAAGGAAGUAAAGGAAAAACUCCAGCAAGACGUUCUGAAAAAGGGGAUAAAUCAACUAGUGUGUCUCAGAGCCCAUCACCUGGUUUCCAGCUGAUGCAAUCCAACAAGGCACAACAUUAUGGACAAAUUGAUUCCAUCAGUAGAAAGCCAUUUUCUCUUUUAAAUGCUUCAACAUCCAGCGUUCCAGAUUUGAACACUUCUGCUUCUCCGUCUGUUAUUUUUCAACAGCCUUUUAUGGAUGUUCAGCAAGUACAACUGCGUGCACAGAUAUUUGUCUAUGGGGCUUUGAUUCAAGGGAUAAUACCAGAGGAGGCCUAUAUGAUAUCAGCUUUUGGCGGUCCAGAUGGUGGACGGAACACUUGGGAGAAAACCUGGUCUUCCUGCAUGGAAAGGCAGCAUGUUAAACAAUCCCAUUCUAUUAACCCAGAAACACCACUGCAAUCACGAUCUGGUACCAGAACCCCUGAUUUGGCAUUUAAGCAAAGUGAACUGCAAGGAAAAGGUAUCUCUUCCCCUCUUGGCCCAGCCAGUUGCAAGGGUACUCCAACCAUUGUUAACUCUUUUAUUCCUCUGUCAUCUCCCCUUUGGAGUCUACCAACUCCCUCUUGUGGUUCCCUGCAAUCUAAUGCCCUUGCUAGAGGUUCUGCUCUGGAUUAUUCACAGGCACUUACUUCAUUGCAUCCUUAUCAAACUUCACCAUUGAGAAACUUUCUUGGGCAUAAUACAUCUCAGAUAUCCCAAUCCCCUCUUCGUGGACCAUGGAUUGCUUCUUCUACACCUGCACUCGGUAACAGUUCCUAUCUUUCUUCCUCACCUGGAGCCGAGACAAUUAAGUCCAGUUCAAUCAAAGGAACUUCUGUACCUUCUUCCUCUAGCAUAAAGAAUGUGCCACCUGGCCUGCCAGCUUCUAAUGUAGGUCUGCAAAGUGUAUUUUUGCCAACUACUCCUCUGUUUGAUACAAACAAUUCCACAGUAUCACGGGCUCAGCAUUCUUCAGAACCAAAGUCGAAAAAAAGGAAAAAGGUUACAGAGUCUGAGGAUCUUGGCCAGAAGGCUAUGCAUUUGCAGUCCCACCUAAUAUCAACUCCUGUUGUCAGCAGCCGUAUAUCUACUACAGUCACCACUGCAACCCCUGUUGGGAAUGUGCUAGUAACUCCUGUUGAUAAAUCCGUCGAGUCUGUAUCUCCUCUAUCUUUUGCUGAUCGCCUCAAAAGUGGCUGGAAUGUUGAGAAGAGGAAUAUGUCAGAUGAGUCUCUUACAAAUAUUGAGGAGGCAAGGAUAAGUGCUGAGGAAGCUUCUGCUCUCUCUGCUGCUGCUGUGAAUCAUAGCAUGGAGAUAUGGAAACAAUUGGAUAAGCAAAAAAAUUCUGGAUUGGUGUCAGAUAUUGAGGCCAAAUUAGCUUCUGCAGCAGUUGCAGUUGCAGCAGCUGCUGCUGUUGCAAAGGCAGCGGCUGCAGCUGCCAAUAUUGCGUCAAAUGCUGCACUGCAAGCAAAACUGAUGGCUGAUGAAGCAUUGAUAUUUUCUGGCCAUGAGAGUUCUUGCCAAAUUUAUAUUUCUGAGGGUAUGAGUAACUUGGGGAAAGCAACCCCUGCUUCCAUCUUGAAGGGUGCCAGUGGAACCAAUAAUUCUAGUUCUAUUAUUGGCGCUGCAAAGGAGGCUUCAAGAAGAAGAGUAGAAGCUGCUUCAUAUGCCAGAAAACGUGCUGAAAAUAUGGAUGCUAUUGUGAAGGCUGCUGAGCUGGCAGCAGAGGCCGUUUCACAAGCUGGAAAGAUUGUUACUAUGGGCGAUCCUUUGCCGUUAAGCAACUUGGUUGAAGCUGGUCCAGAGGGUUGUUGGAAAACAUUCCAAGAGUCUUCUCAGCAAGUUGGGUUAUUGAAAGGCAUGAGUAGAGGACCAAUGAAUGCUGACAAUGUUGGAGACAGACCAGAAACCUCUCAAAUAUCUGACAGAGAUAUAUCAUCCGAGGGAAUGGGGAAGCAGAUUGCUGCAAGCAAGGAGUCACCGUUUCAUAAGGUGCAUAAUGAGAUUUCACUGGACCAUAUGAGAUCCAUUGAUGACAUUUCCUCUAUUAUCAGCAUCAAUGAAAAUAGUUCAAAUGGAUCAAGGGGCCACAAGGUUUCUAAUUUAGUCAAUCUCAUUGACGCACUUCCUGCAUCUGGGACCAAAAUACAGGCUUCUUUAACUGUUGGUAAUGGAUCUGAAAAUCUGGAGGAGAAUAACAUCAAAGAAGGCUCACAUGUGGAGGUUUUUAAAGAUGGAAAAGGAUUUAAAGCAGCAUGGUUCACAGCCAAUGUAUUAAGUUUGAAAGAUGGUAAAGCAUAUGUAUGCUACAACAUGCUUGUAGCUGAUGAAGGGCCUUUAAAGGAAUGGGUUUCACUUGAAGGUGAGGGGGACAAACCCCCUAGAAUACGUGCUGCUCGUUCUCUUACAAGUUUUCAUAAUGAAGGGACAAGGAAGAGACCAAGAGCAGCGAUGGUAGAUUAUUGGUCCAUUGGGGAUAGAGUUGAUGCAUGGAUACAAGAAAGCUGGCAGGAAGGAGUUAUUACAGAUAAGAAGAAGAAAGAUAAAACAUUUACUGUUCACUUCCCAGCAAGUGGAGAAACAUCAGUUGUCGGAGCCUGGCAUCUCCGACCAUCCCUUGUUUGGAAUGAUGAUAAAUGGAUCGAGACUCCUAAGGUGGGAGUAAAUGACAGUCCCACCAAUGAGGGUGAUACACCACAUGAAAAACGACCAAAAUUAGGUAGUCAUGCACAAGAGUUAGUAAAAGGAAAAGGCAAGAUUUCAAAAAGUACUGGUGCUGUGGAAUCAACGAAUCCAAUUGAAUCGAGGUUACUUAAAUUGUCUGAAGAUGAUAAAGUGUUCAAUGUUGGUAAGAACAACAAGAAUGAAAUGAAACCAGAUGCACACAGAUUGGCUAGGUCUGGUCUUCAAAAAGAAGGACCAAGAGUGAUUUUCGGAGUUCCUAAACCAGGGAAGAAAAGGAAAUUUAUGGAAGUAAGCAAGCAUUAUGUUGCAGAUGGGAAAAGUAGGAAUGAUGAUGGAAAUGAUUCAGUUAAGCCUGCAAAUUCCACGAUACCUCAAGCUUCAGGAUCACGCGGAUGGAAAACUAGUUCAAUAAAAGAUACGAAGGAAAAACCAGGAGCUGAUUUCAAGCCCACUUCUAAGUCUGGAAAGCUACAGAGUGUUUUGGGUAGAGGGAUCCCAUCAAAACAAAAACCUUUGUCAAACUCUCAUACCAAUGAUUUAACAGGCCGUACAGAAAGGAUAAAGGAUUCUUCUAGUCAUUUCAACAAUGCAUCUCAGAGUGAGAAUCAGGUGGAAAGGGCAUCAUCCCAUUCUGAAACCACUGGAGCAAAACCAACCUUGUAUUCUUCACUGGCAUCUUCGACCGACUCUCAUCCCACUAAAAAGCCACUGACAUCAAGAGUAAGUAAAGGAAAACUUGCACCUGCUGGUGGGAGGUCUGGUAGGGUUGAGGUGGAAAAGAAGGCUGUGAAUGGAAAUUCAGCAAAAUCAACAUCUGAAGAAGUCCCUGAGCCUCGGAGAUCCAAUCGUAAAAUCCAGCCAACAUCAAGACUAUUGGAAGGAUUACAGAGCUCUUUAAUUAUCUCAAAGAUUCCUUCAGGUUCACAUGACAAAGGUCACAAAAACCAGAAUCGUAAUACUUCUAGGGGUAAUAACCAUGAUUGAAUGAAGGAUUUGCAAUGGGCACGGUUCAGUUGAAAGACCAACUGCAAUUGGAUGACCCACAUACUCUGCAUAAAUUUGUAAAUUAUAUAAUGUAAUAGGAAACAUAGCAAUGGAAAUUCUUGCUUCUUUGGGUUUAGGCAGACUAGUCUAGUAGCUGUUUAUAUUUUGAUUCAAUCUUAUGGCACUGUAGGUUGUAUGUGGAAUUUAUCAAUUAGUAACAUAAUACUUGGAUAUUAUUAACUUGUACAA